AAACCAACCAAAGAUCUAGCUAGGGUUUGCGCGCUCGGCCUUCGCCCUUCUUGGGCCGAGCCUUAAUCCCGCUGCACCGCCCGCCAGUCCGCCAAGCGCCCUGGUCUGGUGGAUCGCCUCCCUCGCCCCUCCGCUGCGCCCCCCUCCCUUCUGUCUGCUCCUCCGCGUACAUUUUACGGGUUCAGCUGCUAGCCUAUCAGCAUGGCCAAGGAAACCGCCAAUGACACCCAGGUGGCCGAAGAAAAUGAGGCUCCCAAUGAUGAGGCGGUCCAAGCAGAUGAAUUGGUCCAAGCUGAAGAUAUGGCUCAAGCUGAUGAGUUGAUACAAGGCGAAGAAAUCAAUCAAGGUGAUGAGUUGGCUCGUGGUGAUGAUUUCGUGCAAGGAAAUGAGUUGGUCAUUGCUGAGGAAACGACCCCUCGGACUGGAACCAGACGGAGGAGAAAGAAGUCUCAAAGAUUGCUGGGACUAGCCAUCUCAAGAGGCACAUCACCUUGGGUUCUUGUCCUAAGAUAAAGAAUCAAGAGCAGAGGCUGGCACUGCCUUCAGCAGGGGGUACUGAUAAUGAUGGUGAGGGAACUGUGGAGCGGCGAACUAAGAGACGAUACAGAUAUACUGGUUAUGCAAAUGCUGCUUUUGAUCAAGACCGCAGUUGCUCAUACCUGGCGAAGAUGAUCAUUCAGCAUGACUACCCGCUUCACAUUGUUCAACAGCCGGCAUUUGGAACUUUUAUUGAGAGCCUGCAGCCACGUUUCAAGAUUGUGGAUGUUGAUACGAUGGAGGGAGAGGUGUAUGCUGUUUAUCAGAAAGAAAAAGAGAACCUGCUUCAAGCAUUCAACAGUAUGCCUGUAAGGAUCAGCCUCACCAUAGGAUUGUGGACAACAAGUCAGACUCUUGGCUAUGUUUCACUUGCAGGGCAGUUUAUCGACACAGAGUGGAAAGUACACCGAAGAAUGCUUAGCUUCAUGAUGGUGUCAUCUCCUCAUUCAGAGAAUGCACUUAGUGAAGCAAUUAGCAUGACCCUUUCUGACUGGAAUAUGAAGGACAAACUAUUCACCAUCACAUUGGAUAAUGAAUGUUCCUCACAUGACAUUUACAGUGCAAAUCUGAGGGAUUAUCUAUCCAACAAAAACAAUCUCAUGCUUAAGGGACAGCUGUUUGUUGUGAGGUGCUAUGCCCAUAUCCUUAAUGCUGCCGCACAAGAUGUCAUGGCUUCAAUUCACGGUGUCAUCUACAAUAUCCGUGAAAGCACUGGCGGAGCUACGUUAGGGCCAUAGUGGGCUAUGACCCCCCUACCUUGGAGUAAUUUCCAAAGGACCAUGUGGUAGACUGAGCUCACGCUUGAUAACGAUGGCUUCAUGAAUACAUGGAAUUGUUGAUUACUAGUCAUUUACCUCGAAUCGGCCCCUGCUUGACUUGCCCCCUAGCUCCGCCACUGCGUGAAAGCAUAAAAUUCAUAAAAGCUUCUUCUGCCUGUGAAGAGAAGUUUGCUGAGAUUGCUCUGCAGCUGGAGAUUCCCAGUACGAAGACACUCUGUCUAGAUGUCACAACCCAGUGGAACACCACUUAUCUGAUGUUACUGGCUGCCUUGGAUUAUAAGCAGGCUUUCACUACACUUGAGACCUCUGAUGAUAACUACAAUGAAGCUCCUUCAGGAGAGGAUUGGAAGAAAGUUGAGGCUGCCUGUACUUACCUGAAACUGCUAUAUGACUCUGCGGCUCUGCGCAUAGCAUCAUGGCAUCAACAAACCCAACUUCAAACCUUUUCUUCCAUGAAGCCUGGAAACUUCAGCUAGAACUAUCAAAUGGCACAGGACAUGAAGAUCCCAUUUUCAGUAGCAUCGCCAAAGAUAUGCAUGAGAGGUUUGACAAGUACUGGAAAGAUUGCAGCCUCGUGCUAGCCAUUGCUGUUGUCAUGGAUCCACGUUUCAAGAUGAAGCUUGUUGAGUUCAGUUACUCCAAGAUUUAUGGGGCUGAGGCUGCAAAGUAUGUUAAGGUGGUCAAUGAUGCUGUGCAUGAGCUGUAUAAGGAGUAUGUUGCGCAGCCACUCCCACUGACCCCAGCCUAUGCUGAGCAAGCUAUAGCGAACAAUGGACCAGCCUAUGCCAAUAACAGUCAAGGAGCUCCUGCUUCCACUGGUGAUGGGCUUCUAGACUUCGAUAUGUACCUUUCUGAGAUCCAGAGCAGCCAACCCUCAAAAUCUGAACUGGAACAGUACCUGGAUGAAUCACUCACUCCACGUAUGCAAGAGUUCGAUAUUCUGAACUGGUGGAAACUUAACACGGUCAAGUUUCCAACCCUCUCUAAAAUGGCCCGUGAUAUCUUGGCUAUUCCAAUGUCCAUGGUAAGCAGUGGCAGCUCCAUAUUCACUGCUGGAACAGUAAGUCACAUGCUCGAUGACUAUAGAAGCUCUCUUCGUCCUGAGAUUGUGGAGGCACUUUUCUGUGCGAAAGACUGGCUCCAGUACUCAGCAGCAGCCAAGGAUGCACCAAGUUCUGCACUGGUCAAGGCUGAAGGGUCAUAGGUUCGAUGUGGUCACUUCUUCCUUGUUGAACCAUGAAUAUGUCCAUCUAUCGUGAGUGUAGUAACUGUGGGUGUAUUGUAGGCUGAGAUUGUGAACUGAUUGUUAUUCUGAUUGUCUUGUAGAGGUGUAACUUUUUUGUGUCGAACUCUGUUUAACUCGCUGUUGUCAUGUAAUAGCUUUUGUUGUAUCAUGUUCUGGUGUUGUCUGACUUUGCAUGGGAUGUGCGUGUACAAGCUGCAGCAUGCAUCAGCUGGUUACCUGUACUUUGUGCCCUUGUUUUGUAUUCAAUUUGUUAUGCACCGUGAUGUUCAUGUUUGUGUAUAGUUGUAGAAUGUCUAGUUUAAAUAUAUGGCUAUCCAUCACUUUUCCAGUUAAUCAUCAGCCAGCUGUUUUAUUGAGCCUCUGAUGUAAUUGGACUUCUGCACUUAAGCUGUUCUUACCUAUGGUACUCAAGCAUGAGUGGUGAAGGUGUAGCUGAUCAGAGUGUUAGAAUACCAGCACCCUGUCUGUCAUUGUAACCAACCAAGGGAGAAAGGGACCCGUGCAAGCUAACCAGGGACCCGUGCAAGCUAACCGUGGCAUCGUCAGAGGGUGGUUCUGGUUGUGAUGUGAAGGUAUGUUUUUUUUUUGGUAAUGUACCUGAUUGUUUCUCAGCCAUGUUAAUCACUUUAGUAAGCUAAAAGCUGGCAAGAAAAUAUGGUGCUGCCAUGCUGGACUUUGGCGACCAGAACAAUUUUACAGUUGAAUAUACAUGUAUCUCAGAUCAA